AUGGCGGAGUCUGAAGUCCAACAAGUUCGCCGGCUUUCCGCCGAUAAUCAGAUUAUCUCGAAGUCUGAUAUCCCCUUAAAGGAACGAUUCUUCCGGUACUUCCAACAUGAAAUCACCUCCUUACAAAACUCCAUGGACCGCCUCGUCGACACGUCCCUGGUAGGUGGGGAACGAGCUGAUGCGACAGAUCACUGUCUUGCCGGAAUUGUGCGGCUCUCAAACGAAGUGAAAGAUGCAGCUAGCUACAUUCCAACUUACGACCAGAGAGUUUAUGCUGAGGCCAUCAAAGCUUUGCAGGACAAGUUGACCGAAAUUCGUGCAUCAUUCGAGCCUCGUUCCAAAUUCAGCUUUAAGACCAAGAAAAAUGCUUCUGCUAUCUCUUUGCAUGAUGCAGCGACUUUGGCUUCUCAGGGCCGGCGGAGUAUCCCCGGAUAUCGCUCCCCAGGCGCAUCCUCGGUCGGUUCUUCUGCCAACCAUACCCCGAACUAUCCUUCCACUCCUUUGAACGAGCCGGAUAAACAGCAUUGGGAAAGACCAGAGAUUGCGCCCACCUCAUUCCCGCCACUUUUCCCUGGCAAUGACAAAGCUUCGCCCGAUGCGAAGCCCCACUCGGGUUUCGCAGCCAGUGGCAUCUCUUCUGUCUCGGUAGACAACCACCACAAUCUUCACAUUAUGCUUCCGGCGUCGGGCUCAACUGCUAAUGUUCCUGCCUCGAUCACUUCUCUUCGACACUGCAUCGUGGACAUGUCCAUUCCCACUGCGAAUGGAAAGCCAUAUGCCAGUAUGACUAUAAGGGAUGUCAAGCAAAGUCUUCUGCUCUGCAACCAGACCAAUGGUCCGGCCCACAUCACUGGCGUUGAGAACAGCAUCAUAGUAGUUACAUGCCGCCAGUUCCGUAUGCAUCACUGCAAGGAUGUCGACGUCUAUCUCAGCUGCUCGAGCAACCCGAUCAUUGAGGACUGCUCGAAUAUUCGCUUUGGCCGGAUUCCUAAAGCCCAUGCUCUCGAUCAUGACCGCCCGGAUCACCAGGACCGGUGGAGUCAAGUGGAGGAUUUCAAAUGGAUCAAACCCGAGCCUAGUCCCAACUGGAGCCUUCUAGACCCGAGCGACGCCAUCCCAGAAGAAGUCUGGACAGAGAUCGUUCCCGGCGGGCCGGGCUGGUCUCUUGACGAUAUCUUGCGAGCGAUCAAGCUUGUUCAAGGAUAG